AAAAACGAGGUUGAUGGAACCGAUCAUCUGCAGCAACCGCAGGCCAAAGGACACUGGGAACGAGAGUAGCGGCCUCUUUGGCCAUCGAGUUCUCACGACCGAAGUGAAGUUGUCUUCACUGAGCAAAGAUGGCGCCCUCUGUCAGACCUCUGGUUAAGCGCAAAAUUGUCAAGAAGCGACUGAAGAAGUUCAAGCGUCACCAGUCGGACCGAUAUCACAGAGUCAAGACCAACUGGAGGCGGCCCAAGGGUAUCGACAACAGAGUGCGUCGGCGCUUCAAGGGCCAGAUGAAGAUGCCCAACAUCGGUUACGGGAGCAACAAGAAGACGAAACACACUCUGCCCAACGGCUUCCGCAAAUUCCUUGUCCACAAUGUUAAGGAGCUGGAGAUUCUCAUGAUGACAAACCGACGCUAUGCCGCGGAGAUUGCCCACGGCGUCUCUUCCCGCAAGCGCAAGAGCAUUGUGGAGCGUGCCCAGCAACUGGCUGUCAAGGUGACCAAUGCCCACGCCCGCCUCCGCAGCGAGGAAAACGAGUAGACUGGGACUAGGGAUUUAGAGAGAUUCUUUCAUGGACCUUAAAAAGAAAAAAAAUAAUUGAUACGCACUCCAGAACCCAACAUGGUUACUUGUUCUUUGUUGCCGCACUAGCCAAGUUUUGCUUAUAACUCUCCAUUGUGGCUGACCAUCUAGUGACCCUCUGCAUAGUGGCCAUCUACUCUCUUUUAUGCACCCGCGGUUUAACAGUGGAGUCAAGUGAAAAGAAAUAAAUUUUACAGGACUAAGACCCAAGA